AUGCCAUCACUCGGAUUCCCCAGUAUCUAUAAUCCCAGGACCGAAAAUUCUUUCACGGGUGGUACGGGCACUGGUGUUGCUAGAACGGAAGAACACAUCGAAACUCAACCUCCGCCUGCAGUCGACAUUGUGGAUGCCCCAUGUUCACCGGACCCUUCGAGUCGUAACGAUUACCUAUUGAGGCUUUCAGAAAUUUCACCGCAGAAGUAUCACACACAAGCUAGCGCCUCCCCCGGUCAUUUAUCCACAGGAAGGCGGGAGCUAUCACCCAUGAGGCCGGCGAAGAAGCGCCCAGCCACCGAUGAGGAGUCUGCUUCCCAACAGCCCAGUGGCAGCAAGAAGUUUAAGGCGAAACCGUUGUCACAAAGCGCCAUUGCCAAGACUGGCCCGACUAUUUCGGCAGGUUCGUCCAGCCAAGUUCUUCGGCCAUCCACCCAGAAGAACCGCGCACAUGCCAGCGUGCAGCUUAUCAGUCGGAAUUCGCGGUGUCCGACGUCAAAUUUUCCAAACGCGCGAACAAAGUAUAAACCCAGACAGAACUUCCAACGACAGGUGUCAUCUACAUCGAUUGCAUCAACGUCCCUGCGCGGUCGGAUGAUCUGCAAGGAGAAGGACAAAAAUGUUCAGGGACAGGCAGGGGGGGUCUGUAGCUCACAAAGCCGAACCUCGGACAGUUCCCGGGUCCACUUUGACGCGGGACUUGUAGUCAGCAAGAAACCUGUGACAGUUACGGGGCUCGAGCGGUUAGGACCAUCUAGACCUGGCCUUGUGCCACCCCUCGAGAAGACGCUGCCACCUGCCAACAUAACAAAGCCUAUUGCGUUUACGUUUCAUCUGGACGCUCGCGUGGAAGCGCGUAAAACUGAGUUUGAGAAGCUUGCAGGCUCGGUCAACGAGGAGAGGGGGCACCGACAAAGGCCUCCUGUGCCCGAUUUCAAGGUACUACAUGAGGCUCACCAAGCGUCACUUGCAUGGCGUAAGGAACACGUCGUUCCGAUAGUUCCUGCACCACCGAUAGUCCUUAGCACCGAAAUUCGAGCCAGAGAGAGGGAGAAAUUCGACCAAAUGGUGCGAAUAAAGGAAGAGGAGAUUCAACGAGCAAAAGAGGAGCGCCGAAGACAACGAGAUGCGGAAGAAGAAAGGGAGAUUAAAGAACUUCGCAAGCGAGCAAUUCCCAAAGCGAAUGAGAUUCCGGAGUGGUAUGCUGACAUGCCGAAGAAAGGAGGCAGUGUAGGAGGAUCGGGAUAG